AUGGUGAGGACGAUUCAGCAAAGAAGGAGGAAUCUGGGAAUCAAGAAGGAAGAACCUGUAGAGCCAACACCACUUGCUGAAGGACAACUAAGUCUUGGUACUCUCGAUAUUGUAUCCAUACUCAAACAUGGAAAGGAGCUUGUUCGUGGUGGAGAUAGAGGUCAUGAUUGGGCUCUCGCUUCUCUGGACCCUGCCCAACGACUUGCUCAUCAAAAGAAAACACUUGCUGGGCGACUUGGUCUUCUUGGUCCGUAUGCCGAAGAGGAACUCGAAUACGAAAUUCCAACUACCAACCAAAAUGGAUCCGGCACCCCAUUAGCACGUGAGGAUUCAAAUGGCUUCUCACGACAGGACAACAAUAAAGGCACAUCUACACCCUCGGAAGAAAGCGGACUGAGCGCGAGACAAUUGAAUCAACUAAAACGGAAGCGAAAACGAGAAGCUAUGUCUGCUGGUAACAAAAGUAGACUGGUAGAUCUUUCAGUACGGCGUACAAAUCCUUCAAGCGAAGGAGAUACUUCAAUGCCAGAUGCUGGCAGUGAAGAUUCUAAAAAUCCCAUGGCUGAUUAUUUUACCAUGGAAAGACCUUCCGAGGUAGAUGAAGAUUCAAAGGUCGUUUCUGAAUUCAAGGGUCCAGUCAUGUCAAUCAAAUCCGAACUUGAAACUGAGGGUGAACAAGAGGGAUUAGAAUGGCCCUAUGAGCGCUUAUGUGAGUUCCUUGUGGUCGAUUUGUUCGAUCCUCAAUGGGAAACCCGACAUGGUGCUGCAAUGGGCUUAAGAGAUAUUAUACGUGUUCACGGAGCUGGUGCCGGAAGACAGCAGGGAAAGACUCGUGCUGAAAAUGAUAUGCUCAACCAACGUUGGCUCGACGAUUUGGCUUGCCGAUUGUGUUGCGUUUUCAUAUUAGAUCGUUUCGGGGACUACGUUUCAGAUACUGUUGUCGCACCCAUCCGAGAAACAGUUGGUCAGACCUUGGGUGCUCUACUCAUUCACCUUCCACUUCCGGUCGUUUAUUCCGUUCAUCAUAUUUUGUACCGUCUCGUUAUGCAAAAUGAUAUCGAGCUUGAUAAACCAGGUUGGGCUAUUUGUCAUGGUGGUAUGAUUGGCCUCCGGUACCUGGUCGCAGUUCGAAAUGAUUUGUUACUGAAAGAUAACGAUCUAAUCGAUGGAGUUAUACGAGCCGUGAUGAAAGGUUUAGGUGACUGGGAUGACGAUGUUCGUUCUGUCAGCGCCGCGACUCUUAUUCCAAUUGCAAAGGAGUUUGUCAACUUACGACCUGAAGCACUGGAUGGUUUGAUUAACAUUGUUUGGGAAUGUCUCUCGAAUCUUGGUGAUGAUUUGAGUGCUAGCACAGGACAAAUCAUGGAUUUGUUGGCAAAACUGUGCAGUUUCCCUGAAGUAUUGGAAGCCAUGAAAAAGAAUGCCUCUCGAGAUGCAGAACAAUCCUUUGGUAAUUUGGUACCGAGAUUAUAUCCAUUCCUUCGACAUACCAUCACAUCUGUCCGUUCGGCAGUUCUUCGGGCUCUGUUGACAUUUGUUGGCAUUGAAGGCGAGGGUACCAGAGAUUGGAUGGAUGGAAAAAUUCUUCGAUUGAUCUACCAAAAUAUAUUGGUUGAGAGGAAUCAAGAUACUUUGAAUCUAUCACUUCAAGUAUGGAAAGCACUAGUAACUUUCCUCGCACGCGAUCCAGAACAUUUAUCUGCCGAGUUCUCUGCACAUAUUGAUCCUCUCAUGCAACUUACACUGCAUCCUAUUGGUGUAUCUCGACAUCCACUACCUAUGAACGCCACCCUUUUCCAAAGACCAUCUGGUAAUUCGUACUCCCUACCAAGUGGUACCGUAAGCCACGCUCGUCCAAACACUCCAUCGGGCCCCGAGCCUCCAACGAAAAAGCGUCGCAAGACUGCAAAGGUAGUUGAACCUACUCCUUCAUCAUCAUCACAUGACGUCGAUGGUCCAAUGAUGCAAGGUGAUGUGGAUCUAGUCGGCAUGGAUAUAUUAAUUAGAUCUCGUGCCUCGGCUGCAAAAGCAAUGGGUCUUAUUAUGUCUCUUGUUCCAGCGCCUGUCCUCGAAGCGUACGACGCCAGCAUUAUCCCAGGAAUGAGCUCAGCUUUCUCUUCUACUCAACUAACGGCAUCACUUAUCAUCGACGAAUACGCAAAGAAUUGUAUUUCAAAGACUCACGCUUUACGCUUCGAGGCACCACUUACAAAGAUUCUCGAGGCCGAACGUCCCCUCACUUAUCGAGAUUUGGUUAGCUACACACAUUUGGUCCGAACUCAAUGCUCGCAGCUCCUAAAUACCUUUCGGGAUGUUGGCAAGAUUUCUCAAGGACGUCUACCGGUACUUGCUGUUGUCGUAGCUGGUGAAGGUGAAGCUGGUCCAGAUGCUUUCUCUAUUGUGACAGCCGAUAAAUGUGUUUCCGAGGAUUUUGAUCGCUUAAAGAAAGUUCUUGCUCCUGGCCAGCGUAUGAUUGCGACUCAAGCCCUCUCCGAAGCACGUCAAAAUGUUAUCGAAGUCAUUAACAAUGCUAAGAGCAUCAAAGAGCAACGAGAUACACGUAUCAAGGCCGCUGCUGCAAGUGCUUUGGUCGCGAUGAAGGUUUCACCCAAAAAGCCAUCUCAUAUCAUCAAGGCUAUGAUGGAUAGUAUCAAAAAAGAGGAAACCUUGGAAUUGCAACAACGAUCUGCCUUCUCUAUCGCUCGACUAAUUGAGAUUUUUGCAGAAGGUGGGCGCACAGGACCAGCGCAGAAAGUGGUAUCGAAUUUGGUCAAGUUCACGUGUAUGGAAACCUCAGAGACACCUGAAUUCGCGCCAAAUGCACAUCUCACGACUGCCAUUUUAUCACUUCGAAAAGAAGAAGAUCGUAGAGAUCAUCCAGAUGCAGCAAAAUUUGCUCGAGAAGCCAAAGAAGCUAGAAUAACUAGAAGAGGUGCCAAGGAAGCUUUAGAACAACUUUCCGGGAUAUUUGGACCAGACUUGUUAAGCAGAGUCCCCACACUCAGAGCUCUAAUGGAACAACCACUACAACAUGCAUUUGGUGGUACACUCCCACGUGACUGCAUAGAUCCCGCACAAUCAUUUGGACAAGAAGCGAUUGACGGCAUGUCAGUAAUUCGUGCUUUGACACCCACGUUGGACAAAUCAUUAUAUCCCUUCGUCAUGGAGUUACUUCCUCUUGUUGUCACAGCUCUACACUCUGAACUUUCAGUCUUCCGUUACAUGGCAGCCAAAUGUCUUGCAACAGUUUGCAGUGUUAUCACUGUAGAAGCUAUGACAUUACUUGUGGAGAAGGUUUUACCUUCUAUCAGCAAUCCACUCGAUCUCAACUUCCGUCAAGGUGUAAUUGAAUCGAUUUAUCAUCUUAUUGCUGUUAUGGGUGAUAGUAUUCUACCAUAUGUGAUUUUCCUCAUCGUCCCUGUUCUUGGACGAAUGAGUGAUUCAGAUACUGAUGUACGAGUCCUCGCUACAACUUCUUUCGCAACUCUAGUCAAGCUCGUUCCACUGGAAGCAGGUAUACCGGAUCCUCCUGGAUUAUCACAAGAAUUAUUACAAGGGAGAGAUCGUGAACGUACCUUCAUUGGUCAACUUUUAGAUCCUCAUAAGGUUGAAGAAUUCAAAAUUCCAGUUGCUAUCAAAGCGGAACUUCGCUCUUAUCAACAAGAAGGUGUUAAUUGGCUGAACUUUUUGAACAAAUAUCACCUUCAUGGAAUCCUCUGUGAUGAUAUGGGCCUUGGGAAAACAUUACAGACAUUAUGUAUUGUUGCUAGUGAUCAUCAUCUUAGAGCUGAGGAGUUUGCAAAGACAGGAGCCCCAGAUUCCAGGCGGAUGCCAUCUCUCAUCAUUUGUCCUCCUACACUUUCCGGUCAUUGGCAACAAGAGAUUAAAACAUAUGCUCCUUUCCUAACUUGUACCGCUUAUGUUGGACCUCCGGCUGAUCGAGCUCGUUUCAGAGAACAACUCGGCCAAACUGAUAUCGUCAUUACAUCAUACGAAAUUUGUCGUAAUGAUGUUGACGUUUUGUCGCCACUCAAUUGGAAUUAUUGCGUUUUGGAUGAAGGUCAUUUAAUCAAAAAUCCUCGAGCGAAAACUACCAUCGCAGUCAAACGCCUACUUAGUAACCAUCGACUUAUUCUUUCUGGUACACCAAUUCAAAAUAAUGUCCUGGAACUUUGGUCUCUCUUCGAUUUCCUCAUGCCAGGUUUCCUUGGAGCUGAAAAGGUCUUCUUAGAUCGUUUUGCUAAACCUAUUGCCGCCAGUCGUUUCAGUAAAUCUUCUUCAAAAGAACAAGAAGCUGGUGCUCUAGCCAUUGAAGCUCUACAUAAACAAGUACUACCGUUCCUUCUUCGUCGUCUUAAAGAAGAGGUUUUGGAUGAUUUACCACCCAAGAUCUUGCAAAACUACUAUUGUGAUCUUAGUGAUCUACAGAAGAAGCUUUUCGAGGAUUUCACCAAGAAAGAAGGCAAGACGCUAGCCGAAAAGGCUUCAUCUGGUGACAAAGAAGCAAAACAACACAUCUUUCAAGCUUUACAAUAUAUGCGCAAGCUUUGUAAUUCUCCUGCACUCGUUAUGAAAGAAGGUCAUAAGCAAUAUGAAGAUACUCAACGUCUCCUUGCCAAACAAGGAACUAGUCUUCGAGAUCCAAUUCACGCACCAAAAUUAACAGCUUUAAGAGAUCUACUAGUUGAUUGUGGUAUUGGUACUGAACCUUCAUCCGAAAAUGAGAUUACAACCGAAACCUCUUUCGUCUCCCCUCAUCGUGCUUUAGUCUUCUGUCAAAUGAAGGAAAUGUUAGACAUGGUACAAAAUGAUGUUCUGAAGAAGAUGUUACCAUCAGUACAAUUCUUACGUAUGGAUGGAUCAGUUGAUGCCAAUAAACGUCAAGAUAUCGUCAAUAAAUUCAACUCCGAUCCUUCAUAUGAUGUUUUACUUCUUACGACAAGUGUUGGAGGUUUGGGACUUAAUUUGACUGGUGCCGAUACUGUUAUCUUUGUGGAACAUGAUUGGAAUCCUCAAAAAGAUUUACAAGCUAUGGAUAGAGCUCAUAGAAUUGGUCAAAAGAAGGUUGUAAAUGUUUAUCGAUUGAUUACUAGGGGGACUUUGGAAGAAAAGAUUUUGAGUCUUCAAAGAUUCAAAAUCGAUGUAGCAUCCACGGUAGUCAAUCAACAAAACGCAGGUUUAGGUACAAUGGAAACCGAUCAAAUCCUCGACCUCUUUAAUCUAGGCGAUACAUCAGAAGUUCCACUAGCAGCAGAUAGUAGUAUCCAAGCCGAAAGAGAAGAAGACAUGGUAGACGCAACGGGAGAAGUGAGAGAAAAGGGAAAGAAAGGCUGGUUAGAUGAUCUAGGUGAAUUAUGGGAUGGGAAGGAAUAUGAGGAAAGUUUCGAUCUAGAGGGUUUCUUGAAAACUAUGAAAUAG